AUGUCCUUCCUUGCAUUGGCGAUUUUCGCCACCCCAUCUAUCGCUCACGAUGAACAUGCCAUGCCAUGUUCAGAGCUGAAUUCAAUGGACAAUAAUGAUAAUGAAGACUCGACCUCCAUAGGUAUCCACUGUGGGAAGCAUGCACCGCCACCUAAAUCCAAGUCACCUCCUAAACAGAAGCCUGCACCGCCAUGCAAGACACCUCCUAAACAGAAGCCGAGUCCACCACCAAAAGGAAAGCCUUCGCCACCUAAACCCAAGCCGCCGCCAUCAAAAGGUAAGCCUCCAGCACCACCAACAGGCAAGCCAUGCCAACCACCCAAAGGCAAGCCUUCCCCACCACCUCCUAAAUGUGAUCCUCCAACAACUGUACAUGUUUAA